UACUCACACCAAACGGGCACUGUUCACAACAGCGCCCCCUAAUACACGUGAAAUAAUCAUGAAUAAACCUCUUUAUGAGCAUGUAUCUUCAGUUAAAUGUCAACUCAUUCACAAUUAGAUUUUCUCAAUAUUUGCAUGGAUCGUAUCACUUAUUGUACAUCUUAUUGGUUAACAUCGACGAAUUCCAUGGAUGAUCUUGAACACCCCCCCGCAAAGCAAUGCUGGAAAUGCUGCGUUUUGUAAACAAAAUGUCGUAUUUUUAGACUUUACGAGACCUUAAGAUCUCCCAGACCUUGAUUGUUUUCCACAAAAAUAUUACUGUAUUCUCAUCCCAAACUGUAUUAUGAUUUGUGAAUAUAAACCCAAAACUAGUGUAGGAUACCAUUUCUUCUGACGUUCAGCGUCAAAUGAACGACAGAUUAACAAGGCGCCACUGAAGGCAACAUUGACGUGUGGGAUCACUAGCUAGACGCUUUUCUGAGUAGAAAUACAAUCUCCUGUGUGUUGAUAUGUGUGGACACCGUAUUUUAAUUUCAGAAUAACGACGACCGUGUUCUCCCUGGCCAUGUUUUAUGGUCAUAUUCUACGAACGUGCUUGGUCCCGAGCCGAACGGCGGGCAAACUCGGCCGUUUGCAACUUGUUUGCCAAGUUGAGAGACGUCUUUGUACCGGAAGUGACGAAGUACGACUGGCAGAAGAUGCCAGUAAGAAAUAUGGUCGUCCAGCUGCCACCAUCUUCUCCAAAGUGAUUGACAAAAGCCUCCCUGCAGAUAUCAUAUACGAGGACGACAAGUGUUUGGCUUUUAGGGACAUCAGUCCACAGGCUCCCAUUCAUUUCCUGGUUAUUCCUAAAAUGCACAUUCCCAGGAUAAGUCAAGCCAAAGACGGCGAUACUGAGCUCCUGGGACAUUUACUGGUAGUGGCUAAGAAGGUGGCCAAGCUGGAAGCGCUAACAGAAGGCUAUCGAUCAUCAAUGACGGAAAACAUGGCGCUCAGUCCGUCUACCACCUUCACCUGCAUGUGUUGGGAGGCAGACAGAUGACAUGGCCGCCAGGAUGAAUGAAUACCGUACUUAAAUACAUACAUUAGUACUAGAUGUUGAUAACAAACAGUGUGAGUAUGUUUCCUAUACUUAUGCCAGCUAAAUAUCAAAAAUAAAAAACCUCACAAAAUG